GUGUGUGUUUCCGGCGUCGGCGGCCGCGGCCGGGGACGGUGUGAGAGCGGUAAGAUGGCGGCCGCAGCAGUGGUGGAGUUCCAGAGAGCCCAGUCUCUACUCAGCACCGACCGGGAGGCCUCCAUCGACAUCCUCCACUCCAUCGUGAAGCGUGACAUUCAGGAAAAUGAUGAGGAGGCAGUCCAGGUCAAAGAGCAGAGCAUCCUUGAACUGGGGUCUCUUCUGGCGAAGACUGGACAAGCUGCUGAGCUUGGAGGACUCCUGAAGUAUGUACGACCUUUCUUGAAUUCCAUCAGUAAAGCUAAAGCAGCUCGUCUGGUUCGGUCUCUUCUUGAUCUGUUUCUAGAUAUGGAAGCAGCUACAGGGCAGGAGGUCGAGCUAUGUUUAGAGUGCAUCGAAUGGGCCAAAUCAGAGAAAAGAACUUUCUUACGCCAAGCACUGGAGGCAAGGCUGGUGUCUUUGUAUUUUGAUACCAAGAGGUACCAGGAAGCAUUGCAUUUGGGUUCUCAACUGCUGCGGGAGUUGAAAAAGAUGGAUGAUAAAGCCCUUUUGGUGGAAGUACAGCUUUUAGAAAGCAAAACUUACCAUGCACUGAGUAAUCUGCCGAAAGCCCGAGCUGCCUUAACCUCUGCUCGAACCACAGCAAAUGCCAUCUACUGCCCCCCUAAAUUGCAGGCCACCCUGGACAUGCAGUCAGGUAUUAUUCAUGCAGCAGAGGAGAAGGACUGGAAAACUGCGUACUCAUACUUCUAUGAGGCGUUUGAAGGCUAUGACUCCAUUGACAGCCCCAAGGCCAUCACAUCUCUGAAGUACAUGUUGCUGUGCAAAAUCAUGCUCAACACGCCAGAAGAUGUCCAGGCUUUGGUGAGCGGAAAGCUUGCACUUCGGUAUGCAGGGAGGCAGACAGAAGCAUUGAAAUGUGUGGCUCAAGCUAGCAAGAACAGAUCACUGGCAGAUUUUGAAAAGGCCCUGACAGACUACAGGGCAGAGCUCCGGGACGACCCAAUCAUCAGCACACAUCUGGCCAAGUUGUACGAUAACUUACUGGAACAGAAUCUGAUCCGGGUCAUUGAACCUUUUUCCCGAGUACAGAUUGAACACAUAUCUAGCCUCAUCAAACUCUCCAAGGCCGACGUGGAAAGAAAAUUAUCACAGAUGAUUCUUGACAAGAAGUUUCAUGGGAUUUUGGACCAGGGGGAGGGUGUCCUGAUCAUUUUUGAUGAACCCCCAGUAGAUAAAACUUACGAAGCUGCUCUGGAAACAAUUCAGAACAUGAGUAAAGUAGUGGACUCCCUGUACAACAAAGCCAAGAAGCUGACAUAGAGUUGGAUCUGUGCGGUCCUUUGGAGAGUGUGUGUGGCGGGAGAGUGAACCCUUGGGGAAAUGCUAGGAGAUUCUUUUCUUUCUGUUCUACUUUUCGCUCGGAAAGUUUUUAACCCUCAUUGGUGCAUCUGUAUCCAGCGAUAGGCGGCCAGUUCUCAUGUAAUCGGCACUGGCCAACACGGGAGUGGGAAAAUUGCUUAAAAAAAAAAAAGAAAAAGAAAAAAAAAAGAUUCUAAAUAAAAGGAAAAAGGCUUACACUAC